ACAGACAGAUAGGGAGAGACAGGCGGACGGAGACAUAUAUACUGUAUAUCAGGGUAAAUUUGGACCGCAGUGAAGUUUCAGGUUACCUUUUCUAAACAGACUCCAGGUCAGCAGAGAGUUAUUUGCAGAUACUGGACCUGGUCUGGACCUGGUCUGGAACUGGUCUUGCUGUGACUUGGACUUAAGCACUCAGUGAUGGCUGGUUCUGGUGUUGCUGUGAGGCUGCAUGAGUUCAAAGAGUCCAGAGACCUGGAGGAACCGAAUAGGUCCACGGCAAGAACGUCACGUCCGGGCAGAGACGCACACGGAUUAUACCCGGGACAGCUGGGAAGAGUCCACACAAUCCCCUUAAAGGAUUGUGGGUUCAUUCGUCGCAGUGGAAGAUGUCACGAGUCUCUAAACCAGCACCAGGAAAAUGACCGGCCCAGUUUAGACAUCCAGACCCUGAGAGAAGAGGUCCUGCGUCACAGCGCUGCUCUCGCCCACCAGCGCCCCCUUCAGACCACGUACCAGGAGGACUUCUGUCGUCAGUCCCUUCUCUUUCCUCAGUGAAACUACGUUACACAGGAAUCUGGAAUGUUCUUCCAGCAAUUAUCACUCAACCACUCACAGCUGCCUGCAGCUGCCUCGUGUGGCCACAGGGGGGAGGUGUUGCUCAGAUAACUGCCAGCUCUCCUUUUGUUUUCUCUACGUAGAGUGGAGCCAUUUGGGAAUGUUUUUUUAGGAAACUAAAUAUAAACAUCAGAAAUCUAUUCCAAUCUAAUCCAAAAUAUUUUCACAUGUGGCUCUAAUCUCACAUCCAGUCAGGAUUAGGCCCACAUGAAGAAAAAAAAUAUUA